AUGCAAACUUCGGCCGCGACGACAUGUACACAAAAGCCAUUCCAAAGCAUAAGACUGCCCAUGUAUACGGCGCCCAGCACAUGUGUAAACAAGGAAACUUUCCAAUGGCUCCUGAAAUUCCUGGAAACGCGAGAAAAUUUUUUACCGCAACCAUGUCAUGAAUAUGUUUUCACUAGCACGACAGGCUGGUCUGCAACAUCAAGCCAAAUUUCAGCGUUUUUCAACUCCGCAUGGCUAAAGUCGGGAGUGCUAGACGAGUCCCAGCCAAAAUUGAAUGCUACUAGAUUAUGCAAAGCACUAGUUACAAUUCAAAGAGAGAUGAUGCCAGGUGAAGAAGAUAAUUUGGCUACUGCAAUGGCCCACUCCAGAAGGGUUCAGGACACUCACUACAACGUUCGUAAGACUCGACAGCAAGUAUUGCAAGUCUCCAAAAAAUACAAUGACCUGCUGGAUGAGGUGUCCGAAUGUGAACCAACCGAAAGUGAACCAACCGAAAGUGAAAGUAUUACAACUAGCCAGCAAGUACUUCAAGAAAUGGACAGGAAAAAUGUUUUUUCAAGAAGAAGGCUUUAUACUGCUGAGGAAGAGGAACACAUUUGCCAGGCUUUUGCAGAUGAAAUUGCUGGAAAGGCAAGUCUAAAAUUAAAGACUGCAAAAAUGCGCUUGAGGAAUUGGAAAAGCUUAAGAGACUUGACAUCCGAUCAAAUCGUCAACAAAGUAAAGUCUCUGCGGAAGCUUAGAGUAAAGAAGCUUAAGAAUCACGGUCGCCAACUGACUCCAGAAGUGUCUACAGCAGGAUCGUUAGAAUUAGAGGAAGAGCAGACUUUCAAAACAACAGCAAAAACGACAAAGGCAGUAGAGGAGUUGCAGAUGGUUACCGACGAAGCUGGAUAA